AUGUCUCUUUCAACCAUCUUCUACGAGCCUUUCUAUUCGCUCGCCGACUUUGACCGCUUGUUUGACGACGCCUUCUCUGCCCGUUCCACAUCCCAGGGCGGGGACCGCCAGUUGCAGAGGCAGGAAUCAGGCUCGAGGUUCCUCAGGCCAAAGAUGGACAUCCACGAGGACAUUCAAGCUAACACCGUGACGGCCAUAUUUGAGCUUCCCGGCAUUAACAAGGAGAAUGUCCAGAUUGACGUGAACAACGGCGUCCUGACCGUCACGGGAGAGUCGAAGGUCGCAAAUGAUCGUGAUGAGAAUGGCUACGCCGUGCGUGAGAGGCGGUACGGAAAAUUCUCCCGUGCAAUCCCUCUUCCUCAAGGUGUUAAGAGCGAGGACAUCAAAGCCGCUAUGGAGAAUGGGUUAUUAACAGUAGCGUUCCCCAAGACAACGCCGGAAACUGCUCCGAAGAAAAUAGCCAUCGCUUAA